ACUCCGACCCCACGUCUAGACUGCAGGGUAAGGUAUAUAUGACCCUGCAGCUCGCCAACUUACGUCAAGAAGAAGCACGAAUACCCGCAGAACGAAACACAACCCAACUCAACCGUAAACCCGUGCACAAAAUCACAGUACCCACAGCCCACACCCAGCAUGCCCGGCCGCAUCAACCACCUCACCAUCCUCCCCUUCGAAGGCCACACCAUCGGCGCCGAAGUGCGCGGUCUCGACUUCUCCAAUCCCAUUCCCGACGCCGUCUCCGACGAACUGCUCGCCGCCCUGCACAAGCAUGGCGUGCUCGUCGCGCGCGCAACCAACGUCACCGACGACACGAUGAUCGCGCUAGGCAGCAAAUGGGGCCCGCUGGACAACAUCAAAGCGCACAAGAAGGCCGGGCGCGCGUUCCGGCUGGCGGCAGAUGAGAUUUUCGACGUCAGUAAUAUCGAUGCGGACGAUCGGAUUAUUACCGAGGAGGACGAGUUGCGCACGUCGAGUAAGCGCGGGAAUACGCUGUGGCAUGCCGAUGGGGCGUAUAAUCCUCGCCGGUCCGGCGUGUCCAUUAUUCGCGCGGUCGAGCUGCCUCCCAAGGGCCUAGGAGGGGAGACGGAGUUCCUCGAUUCCCGCACCGCGUACGAAGACCUACCGGAAGCGAAGAAAGCGGAAAUCCAAAACUACGUCGGCAUGAACACGCUGCUGUGGAACAGGAAGCAGGCCAACCCGGACAUGCCGGCCUUCGCCAACAUCGACUGCACCCAAGUCCCACUAGCCAAGCACCGCAUCGCGCAGAUCCACGAACCCACCGGUCGCGGCAAUUUGUACGUCGGCUCCUACAACCACCACAUCGAGGGCUUGCCGGUCGAGGAGGGGAGGCGGAUUACGGACGAGUUGAUGGCGCACGUGACGCAGGAGAAGUACAAGCUGGCGGUGCAUUAUGAGCACGUGGGCGAUGUGGUGUUUUGGGACAAUACGGCUGUGCUGCAUCGGGCGACGGUCGGGGCGUAUGAUGGGAAGUAUCGGCGGGAUAUGCGGCGCAUCUCUACGUUUGAUGGGAGCAGGUGGGCGUAUGGGGAGAACGAUCCGGCGAACAGCGAGCAAGUUGGGUUGAAAUAGAUGAUUUAAGA